AUGGAAUCGCGCCUAAAUCCCUCUCAGGCGCGGAUGAAGAAUGGCAAAAGUGUGGAGAAAUGCCGAGUGUGGACCGAGUGGCGGAUCAUCUCAACCCCAAGUCUCCAGACUCUUCUCGACUUCCAACCGUCCCGCGCGUUCCCCGGCCUGUCUCUCGACCAGGCGUCUCUUCCUCGAGUAUUUGAGCACGCCGUCUCCGAUUGCGAUACACCAUCGUUUGCUCCUUGCUCUCGGCCGCUAGUCGUCGCCCGACCGGUUUCCGAUUCCCGACACCUGCGCUUCUGCCUCCCUUUCGGACCGGCCCUGUACGCGCGGCGCGAAGCCAUUUGA